AUGCUUUUCCAUGUGGGCUGGGAUGGAUUGAUAACUGGAUCGAGAGGAGAGCGUCAAACGCGGGCGGGUGAUUGGGUUGAAGAUGAAGAGGGCGUCCAUCACGAUGCACCAGCGGAGGCCAAUCACACCACGAAAAUACCCGCCAAUGACUUGGACCAUCGGGUCGCCACCAAAAUGCAGUCGGACGGCAUUCGCAAGUCGAUGGCCCAUGCUCUGGUCCAGACGGGCGCGGACGGUAUUGGGUACUUGUCCAACGCUUGA